GAGAAAAAGGAAGAGGUAGCAACACGACGUGGAAACUUUUCCGUUUCCCCAAGUUCUGCAGAACCGGGAUGGAGCUGGAGAAAACCUACGCGACCCCCCGGGCCGGCCGGACAGGACAUGGAGGGGUGAAUCAGCUGGGGGGUGUUUUUGUGAACGGCCGCCCCCUCCCAGAUGUCGUUCGCCAGAGGAUCGUGGAGCUCGCCCACCAAGGGGUCCGACCGUGUGACAUCUCCCGGCAGCUCCGCGUCAGCCAUGGCUGUGUCAGCAAAAUACUUGGCAGGUAUUAUGAAACCGGGAGUAUUAAGCCUGGAGUGAUUGGAGGAUCAAAACCAAAGGUCGCCACACCCAAAGUUGUCGAAAAAAUUGCAGAGUACAAACGCCAAAAUCCCACCAUGUUUGCCUGGGAGAUCAGGGACAGGCUUCUUGCUGAGCGAGUGUGUGACAAUGACACCGUGCCUAGCGUCAGUUCCAUUAACAGGAUCAUACGGACAAAGGUGCAGCAGCCACCCAAUCAGCAGGUCCCAGCCUCCAGUCACAGCAUAGCCUCCACAGGAUCUGUCACACAGGUGUCGUCUGUCACCACUGACUCUGCUGGCUCAUCCUACUCCAUCAGUGGGAUUCUGGGAAUUGCCUCCCCCAGUACUGAGAACAACAAACGCAAGCGGGAUGAAGGUAUUCAGGAAUCUCCGGUACCAAAUGGCCAUUCUCUCCCAAGCAGAGAUUUUCUUCGCAAACAGAUGCGAGGAGACCUUUUCACCCAGCAGCAGCUAGAAGUGUUGGAUCGUGUCUUCGAGAGGCAACAUUAUUCUGACAUUUUCACAACAACUGAGCCCAUCAAACCAGAACAGUGGUGCUCCAUGCUGAUGAGACAGUGCGUGGUACAACCGCAGGCAGUCAUUUUUCAGACAACUGAAUACUCAGCCAUGGCCUCACUAGCUAGUGGAUUGGAUGACAUGAAGGCAAAUAUAACCAGCCCUACUUCUGCAGAUUUGGGAGCGAGUGUUCCUGGGCCUCAGUCCUAUCCUAUAGUCACAGCAAAACACCUGAGAGUGUCUGUGCAAGCCACCAAAGUGAUAUUUCCAGGUCGUGAGUUGGCAAGCACAACCCUCCCAGGAUACCCUCCGCAUGUCCCUCCUGCUGGACAGGGCAGCUACUCCACUCCAGCGCUGACAGGAAUGGUGCCUGGGAGUGAAUUUUCUGGGACCCCGUACAGCCAUCCACAGUAUUCAACAUACAAUGACUCCUGGAGGUUUCCCAACCCUGGACUGCUGGGCUCCCCCUACUACUACAGCACUGCGGCCCGUGGGGCAGCCCCACCAGCCACCGCCACCGCCUAUGACCGCCACUGAUGCCGGAGCCCCAGGCACUGGCGCUGACAGCAUGCACCACCUGGGACAACCGCGGCGAGUCACCUUGCUACA